ACUUCCUCCCGAGCGGAGCAAGCCUCAAAUCUGCUCCAGAACGGCCGAAAAUACUGCAGAAAGGACCGACUUUAUCCGAAGCUGAGGACUGAUCUCCUCUGGUUGGAUUUCUACGGUGACUUUUGCGCAGUAAAACCAAAACCGGAGCUGUGCCCGAAACUCAAAUGACGCAGCCUCCUUGCCGUUGCAUCUCUUCAAGCUUUCCUCCUUUUAAGCCCCUUGAUUUAACUUAUAAUCAGCACAGUUAUAUUCUAGACACUUUUUACUCUAAUUCUUGAAGUCGUAACAUCUUAAAACAUAAGACGACAAUCACUACUUUAACUACACAACAAACCACACUACUUUGAAGUUAUUGCACAUUUGGAACAUAACACACAGAAGCUCGACAAAACUUUUCCCUUUUUUAGUCUUUGGUUCACCGUCUCCUCACCGUGGGGGAUUUAAUCUGUGUAGUUUAGGUCUGUAGCGUCUCAUUUCCACUCUUCACCAGCUGGAGUAGUGGUCUGAAUCCUCAUUAGCCAUUCAUGUAUUCACAGCAGGGACGCAGCUCUGCAGAUUUCCAUACUUGAUAGGAACACCUGUUAUUUGUACAUGUAACCUUCAUGUUUUGAGCUCACAACUUGAUUUCUGAUGCUCAUUUUAGCUUGAUUUUUACACAAAUCCAUGUAUUGUAAUUGUUAACAUAUAAGAUUUAAAGUCAGGGCAAAAUGGAGGAUUGCUUGUAAAUUUUGAGCUGUCCAAGGACGUUAUUGGACGAGUAUUUCAGCCAUGUUGUCUGGGGUGCAACCUUGCUUCCAACUCCUCCGUAUCGGCUCCUCUGUGGGGGAUUCUGCGCGGGACCUGUAUACGUUCAGACCGGCCUUGAAUCCGUGCAUUUUCCGGUUGGGACGUGCUCCGGAGCUGUGCGAUGUCACGCUGGACUCCGCCUCCGUGUCCAGGAUCCACGCCGAGCUAGAGGCCGAGAGGGACACGGCGGGCGACGAAGGCUGGAGGGUCCACAUCAGAGACAGGAGCAGUCACGGCACAUGGGUGAACGAGGUGCGGCUGCAGUCAGGGGUUCAGUGGGAGCUCUCAGACGGUGACACUUUGACCUUUGGAGGCCAGACGGCUCCAGGAAGCCCCGAGUUCUACUUCCUGUUUCAGAAGGUCAAGGUUCGCCCACUGGAUUUUGACGCUAUAACUAUUCCUAAGGGUGGGACUUUUUCCUCGGACUUUCAAACCCGCAUCAGGACAAACCAGGACCGAAAAGCACCUGCCAACCUGGACCUGUCCAAACUGUCUCUGAACCGCGCCACAGUGAUCCUGAACUCCAUCGGCAGCCUCAGCAAAAUGAAGGGCAGCGCCUGGACCUUCAAGAGGAGCCAGAGUUUGGAGGGCACCACUUCAGACCCGGGUUCGUCCGCCUCUCCUCCCCUCGCGGUGGGCUUCUCCUCUCUGCUCCCCCCCUCCACCCCUCCGGCAUUCUCCUCCGCUCCGUCUGCCCCGUCCGCCCCCAUCUCGAACAGGCCCCUCCCCUCGGCGUCUCGGAGCAGGAGGAAGUCUGCCCACACGGUGCUGCUGGAGGACGACAGCUCAGAUGAACCCAGGGGCUGUGGAGCCCUGGGAGCAGUCGCAGAUGACGGACAGAGGUCACGGGCGAAGAAAAGGCGCCGUCUUUAUAAAUCCGAGUCAGAGGGGUUCAGCUCUCCUCCUUCUUUACCUCCUCAAACUAAAGUCCACACUGAAAUCAGACGCCCCCUGGAGGCCAAACCUUUCCCCGUCGGCAUCAGGACCAUCGGCAGUUUCCACGGCGCCAUGACGAACAGCCGACAUCACCUGCUCCCGACCAAUCACAGCCCCGCGUCGCUCAAACAGGAAGUGGGGACGACCUAUCACGUACAAUCAGUCAUGAAUGGAAAUAUCACCACAAUCAGACAACAGAAAACAGUCCACCGCUCACCGCAGGCAGCCAGAGGGAGGAGGAGGGCCAACAGCUCCCCGGUCUUCUCCCCUCUAGUGGUGGGUGGAGAGAACUACAGCCUGGCCUCUCCUUCGGUGCGGAUCAGGAACGGGGAGCGGGGAAGAGUGCAGUACAACCGGUUUCACCACCAGACCGGUAAAAGACGUGGCCGGCCCCGUAAACACCCCCUGCCCCCUCGUCCCUCCCUGCCCUCUCCUUCCUCCUCCUCCUCCAGCUCCACCUCCUCGGCCUCUUCCUCCUCGGGCUCCUCCUCUUCCUCCUCCGAAGACGACGACGACGAGGACGAGGCGGAAGAGGAGGUGGUGGUGGGGGCAGUAGAGCCGUGUGCCGCCCCUCGCUGCAAACUGCCCCAGCAGGACACGGUGCAGUGGAUUCAGUGCGACGUGUGCGACGCCUGGUACCACAUCGACUGUCUGCACAUCGACCGGAAAAUACUGCGGGACCCCAAUGCAGACUUUCACUGUGGCUGCCGCUGAGGAGAAAGGAAAUAAUGGGACUAAUUAUCGUUUUCGGGGGAUAUUUUUGGUCCUAAAAUGUUGCAUAGUCGAAUCAAUUGAACUAUUUUGUUCUUAAAGGGUCCAUACGUGAUCUGAUUUGUUAGAAUGUUGUUUUGUCAUCGCAAACAUACCUGGAGUUUUGUUUUAUUCACAUGUUUACCACACAAACCUGCAUAUUUAGGCUGUGUUCUUCUCUUAAAAUGAAAACACUCCAUUUCAAUGAUUUCAGCUGUAGAAUUGCCGAUAGGUAUGGUCGCUGGACUUAAAUGUGACUUGUAUGUGAUUUCCAGUGUGAACUUUAAACCCCCCAAAAGUGUCCCGCAUGUGCAUUAGAGGACACGACGACGUCACACGCAGCGAGUGUGCUCAGUGUUUCCAGAAGUCGCCGAAACGCUGGGCUUGCCUCCCAAAAUACGGUCCAGUUGUUCGUAAAAUGGACAGGUUACACGUCCAGGGCCGCUUUGUUUGAGGCUCUUUAUUUUUCGUUGACAUUGGAGCAAGGACCUCCUGUAGCCACGUUCAGACAUUUCUUUGACAAUCCAUUUCAAAAACCGCCUAGUUCUGAUCAGAUGUUUCCAAUUUGGCCUGAAUACAGUGAUCCCCCAAAUAUGAAUGAACUCCCUAACCUCACUUUCCCUCCACUGACUAGACUAGAUAGUUUGACGUGUAGGUGGGAUGAAUGUGACCUGACCGUUCAGAUUGAAGUCGCAUGUCAAAAGAUCGGAUAUGUAUCACUUUUAGGAGCACAUAUGGUCUGGGUCACAUUUGAAAAAAGUCGGAUCUGUGUCAAAAGAUCAGAUACAGGUCACAUAGCGGCAAAAAAAUUCAGAUUUGGGUCACUUGAGGCUGCAGUCUGGAUGUAGCCUAAACAUAAGAGAAUGAAACAAAACACAACUCCAGAUCUGUUUUUGAGGAGGUAACAACAUUAUAACAUGGCAAGAAUCAAUUUUGUGUAAUAUAGGACCUUUAAAAUAUAGGGCAGCACAUAAAACACGUCUGUUCUUAUAUCUGCAAAUACAACUGAUUAAUGAAAUGUACAGUGAUGGACAAAUUCAAUGGCAGAAAACACAAGAACAUUUUGAACCAUUGUAGCUAGAAUUCAGAAAUGCUAGAACAAAACCAGAAACUAAUAUAUUGCUAGUAGUAAUUCUGUUAUUGCAAUGAUUUAAAAUGCAAAGGUGCAGUCCUGACUUGUUUCUACUAACGCUUCUUGGCAGAUGGUUUCAAAUCUCCAAAAUGCUGAAAUUCUCCUUGAUUUAAUUUUUAAGAUUUUUGAUAUAAAAUGUUGUUAUAACUUUCACUGCAAAAUGAAAUCACAGUUGAGGCUGUUUACAGAAAAUGCAUUUAUUUUUACACAGUGCAACUAUCAAAUCUUUUAGAGGGCACUUGGCCAUCGGCUAAACCGUCAGACUAAACUUCCGCUCUAAACCCUCUGGACUGAAUCCCCCUCUCUAAACCCCGUACUAAAUCCUUCUCCCUCUAAACCCCAGACUAAACUCCCCUCUCUCUAAACUCUCCGGACUAAACUCUCCGGACUAAGCGCUCUCUCUAAACCCUCUGGACUAAACCCUCUGGACUAAACCUUGCAGACUAAACUCUCUCUCUAAACCUUCCGGACUAAGCCCUCCGGACUAAAUGCUCUCUCUAAGCCUUCCGGACUAAACCUUCCAGACUAAACCCUCUCUCUAAACCCUCUCUCUAAACCUUCCGGACUAAACCCUCCUGACUAAACCCUCCGGACCUAAGCACUCUCUAUAAACCCUCUGGACUAAACUCUCCGGACUAAGCGCGCUCUCUCUAAACCCUCCGGACUAAACCUUCCAGACUAAACACUCUCUACACCCUCCGGACCUAAGCGCUCUCUCUAAACCCUCCGGACUAAACCCUCCGGACUAAACUCUCCGGACUAAACCCUCAGGACCUAAGCGCUCUCUCUAAACCCUCCGGACUAAACCCUCCGGACUAAGCGCUCUCUAAACCCUCCGGACUAAACCUUCCGGACUAAAUGCUCUCUAAGCCCUCCGGACUAAGCCCUCCGGACUAAGCCCUCCGGACUAAGCCCUCCGGACUAAAGCCCUCCGGACUAAGCCCUCCGGACUAAACCCUCCGGACUAAACCCUCAGGACCUAAGCGCUCUCUCUAAACCCUCCGGACUAAACCUUCCAGACUAAACGCUCUCUAAACCCUCCGGACUAAGCCCUCCGGACCUAAGUGCUCUCUCUAAACCCUCCGGACUAAACCCUCUGGGCUAAACCCUCUACUCUCUGGACUAAACCCUCUCUCUAAACGUUCUGUCUUCUGCUGGCCAUUCUGACAACUCUACAGAACCAUUUUCUUGCCACUUCUUCAGACUUGCGGUAAAAUACUGCACUGGUGAGACUAUCCUGUAUCAUAUUUGACUGUUUGGGACAGUUUGAGCCGUUAUCGCGUAUCCACCAAUGUCCUGGGAUAAGUAUUACCUUUUCAAUGUGUCAAAAACCCCUUCCCAGCGCCUCUAGUCUGCACUGCUUUUACCUUCAAGCACCAUUACACUACUGCAGCGGCGAAUUCAGGCCAAAGUGGACAGUUGUAGUGAAAUGAGGUGUCGCCGAAUCCAGCAGUCGGAGCGGCGCAUGAUGGGAACUCUGUCUGUGGAGUAGAAAUGGACUGAAAUGAAACAAGAUGAAAUUAUCCGUUUUGUAGCUCUGUCUUCUCACGCACCUUCUGCUACAGCGAUGACACUGUAAGAACAUGAAAUUUUGUAAUAGCUAAAAUAUCAAAUGACUAUUUUUCUACCAAUUGUUUUGUUUUCAAAGUAAGUCAGUUCACGGUAAAACAAGUAAAUACGUCUAGAAGGAUUACCAAAUGAAAAACAAAUGAAAUAAGCUGGUAAAAUACUAGAAGAAUAAUUUACACGCAUAGACUGUAGGAAGACGUGGACUGAGGGAGUGUGACGUCACCCGUAGCGUUUGGUUCCAGUCAAAUUAAGCUCAUCAAGGUUUACCAAAAUAUCGUGAUAUCGUGUCUUCGAAAGUCUCAAUAUCGUGGGCUGUCACAAUAUAUUGAAUUACAAGAUCCUUAAAUGAUUAAAUGCAUGGUUUUAUAGUAGCAUCAGCUUAUAAACACAGAGAACUACAUAUCCCAUGAUUCACUUCAGCGCAGAAAACAUGAAGAAAUAUGUUUUUUACUUGAAUUCUUGGGAUUAUGAUGAAAAUAAUUCACACCAAAAUCUUGUCAAGGCAUUUUAAAAGCAGAAUCGUGUCCCAUCUACAAUUAUAUCAGCCUUUAUCCUAUUGUAAAAAAUAUCGUACAGUGAGAUGCAUAUCGUGAUAAUAUCGUACCGAGAGAUGUGGAUAUCGUUACAUCCCUAGCGAGCGGUUAUAGAGUAAAUUUAGAGCCAGUUCGAUAUUAGAGAUGGGAAUAUAGAGCGGGUUAAUACGAACAUUUUAAGACCAAAAUGACAAGGCUCAUUGCAACAGUAAGAAGUAGGGCUGGGUAUCAUUAAGAAGUUGCCGAUACGAUUCAUACUUUGAUACAUAGGCCAUGAUACGAUACAUCUCGAUACGGUGCACUUUCGAUUCAAUACGAAAUAUUUCAAAUCGAUUCGAUAUGGUUCAAUAAAAAUCUAAAUCCUGGCUGUGAUACUAAGUUUUUGUUGAACCACUUCUUGUGCAAAGUGAAUAUAAAACACAAACAUUAUAAUCAUCAAAACAGAAAAUGUCAAAUGUGUAACAUAAAUGAGUUUCCUUCCUUUAAACAAGCAACAAAACAGUAGCACUGUAACAAAAUAAUUUAGUAAAAUAUGCCAAAAAUUCUCUUGGCGAUAUGGAUACAGCAGCCCACGGUAUUGAUCAUCAUCACAUAAAACAAUACGAUAUUUUGAUAUUUCUGCACACCCCUAGAGAGAAGGGUGACGUUUUUCAGUAUAAAGAGAAUUUGAGCCAGAGUCAGUGGAACCAGAAGCGCCCCCAUGCUCACUUCCUAUGUGAAAUGCGGAUUAGCUAUGUCCAUUUACAUAUACAGUCUACGUUUGCACAUCAAAACCACAUUAAAAGCUUUUAAGAGAGAACCAUUUGUCCGACAACUGGGAGAUUUUGUUGUUCCUCUGGCAAACUAAAAGAUGAGAUAAAUACAGACAUUACAUAAAAACAAAACAAAAAUUAAAGUGUAAAAUUAAAAUACUUUCUGAAAUACCAGACCCCAUAGAGACAGGACAUAAUGAACUCUGUAGAUGAUCUUGCCUAAAAUGAAAUCACUGCAACAUUUAUGAUUUCCUUAUUGUCAAAUUUGAAUUAGAUUGUGAAUAAUUGUGCGUAAAUGUCCUGCCUUUAGACGCAUACAGCCUUCACGUGUUUCGAGAGGUGAAUUUAUAUUUAGUUCACUUUGCUGAGGAUAGAGAAUUGUCAUAUUUUUAUCAUGAAGACUCCCAAUAUUUUGAAAAAGUGGGAUUUGUGUUUUAGAAACGAAUGUAUUUUGACAUGAUCAUAACUAAUUUCACACAAACGUAUAGAUUAACAAAGCCACAAAAGUGUCUUGCUCAGUGGCCCAGUAACAGUACGUGGCAGUCACAGUGGAGAUUGAACCAGCAACUUGAGCUAAAAUGUCGUAAUUGUAAAAUAAUAUUAAUAGGGAAAGAAAAAUGUGUGUGCGCCCUCAAAUAUAAACUGAAAACAAUGUAGCUUUUUUUUUUUUUCUUUUAAAAUCUAAAAAAAAAAAGUUUACAAUACAGUUUUAUUUUUUGGAACAUAUUUUUUUAGAACUGCGUAAAAUAAAAAAAUAAAAAAUAAAAUACUAUACAAAAAAAAAAUACAAUACUUCUGAAAGCACUGAAUCCACAAAUAUACACAAACAAAUGUAAUCUAAUGUACAGUACCUUUUGUAUUUUCAUCAACUCAAUGCAAUAUUUCAUUCAACUGCAGUAACCUCCAUGUGUGUAGAAAUAGUCCUAACAACAAUUUUCACGUGUUCUGUGUUGGAAAUACGACUAACAUCGAACUCCUUAUUUUUGUAUCACUUGUUUUGUUCUUGUGUGUGCGUUUUUCUGUCCCUGCUGCCAGUAAAAUGGUUUUCACUGUCA